AUGGCCAAUUCGGAAAAAAUUAAAAAGCAGCAAUUGCUCAGACAAACCCCUUACAAUAGGGUAGUCGAAAUGAAUACCUUAGCAAAACAGGCCGAACAUAACCUAGAUGACCGUGAUAGCUUCGCAGUAGCAAUCGGUGAUCUUGAAAAACUGUGCGCGGAUUUUUAUCGUUAUCACAACGCUAUCAUCGGCUUGAUUAACGCAGAGGAAUUUAAUGGGGAAGAUGAUAUUCGAAAAGUCUUCGACUCCAUGGUUCUAGCUAUUAAGACCAUUCAUUUUAAAGUUCAAAAGGCAGCCGAGACCAGUGAGCCCCCUUCGGUUGCUUCCCCCCUUAAAUCUAAUAUCAAGUUACCCAAAGUGGAAUUACCUAGCUUUUCUGGUGAUAUUACGACAUUUGUGCCGUUCAUGGACAUGUUUAAUAAUCUCAUUCAUAAAUCGAGCGAUUUAACCGCCGUAGAAAAAUUUAAUUAUUUGCUUUCCGCGUUGAAAGGAGAAGCUAGAGCGCUAAUAGAAAAUCUACCAGUCACGGAUAAUAAUUAUUUAACAGCAUACUCCGAACUCCAUAAUCGUUACAAAAAUGAUAGACAAAUAUUGCAAGCCCAUUGGAUUGCGAUUGUUAACGCACCCAAGAUUCAUUCGGAGCAUCCGCAGGAAUUGCGGACACUUAUAGACACGUUCUCAACUCAUUUGAAAGCUAUUCGUAAUUUUACCCUUCCUAUAGAUCUAGCGGAUUUUUUAUUAUUCAAUGUAAUGCAUCAAAAGCUAGACUCGUCAUUGAUAACGCGAUUCGAACUUCACCACAAUUCGAAAGAAAUUCCCACUUAUCAUAAACUGUAUCAGUUUUUAGAACACCAAUGGAGCGCGUUAGGCAAUGCCAUCCCAGUUAAACCUCAACAGAAAAAGUUCGGUCCACAUAAGCCUUUUACGCCACAACCGCGAUUUACCACGUCUUUAGUGGCGAAGUCAGAGUCUGUAAAGUGUCCUGUUUGUACCUCGCCUCAUUUAAUCUACAAAUGUCUGGAGUUUCUCGGGAAAUCUCCCCGUGAACGCUACGCCAUUUCUAAGUCGAAACACUUGUGCCUCAAUUGUCUUAGUAAUUGUCAUGUGAGUAAGGCGUGCCAGUCUACUCACAGUUGUCGUCACUGCGGUAAGAGGCAUCAUAGUCUAUUACAUUUCGAAGCGUUUCCGAGCGGCGAUGGUCAGGUGCCGAAUUCUGCGGAAGCUACCUCCAUCAAACCAAUGAGUGGAGUUGGAUUUGCAUCGCCAGCAAUGAGAGUUUUAUUGGCUACCGCUUUAAUAGAAGUUCGCGAUAACGGCGGAAAUUCUAAGGUUCUUAGAGCGCUGCUGGACUGUGGCUCACAAAGUUCCUUCAUUUCGCAACAAGCCUUUCAUUUGCUAGGUCUGUCUAGACGACAUACUUCAGGUCUGGUGCAAGGUUUGGGUCAAGUAGUUACGGCAGCCAAUUUAGGUUCAGUGAUAAUAACGUUUCGACCGGUAGGCCAGUUAACGCCCACUUUCAAGGUAAAUGCGCUAAUUUUACCCAAGAUCUGUGAUGACUUGCCCUGUGUGUCACUUUCGGCCGAACAUUGGUCUCAUUUUCGUGCCAAGCUACCGCUCGCAGAUCCUUCCUGUGUCUCUCGUGCAGGUAUCGAUAUGCUUCUAGGAGCGGAUGUCUAUUCACAAUUGCUUAGUGGAGAGGUGGUUAAGGGUCAGAAGGGAGAACCAGAUGCGCUAGGGACAGCCUUGGGCUAUGUAUUAGUAGGGCAACAUACCGCUAGUACUGCUAAUACGAAUCUUCAUUCCUUUAUUACCACGGUUAACACAUGUUGCGAUUUAGAAAGAUCUAUUCAGAAAUUGUGGGAAGUGGAAGCAGUUCCUCGCUUACAGACUUUGUCUCCAGAUGAGGAACUCUGCGAGGACAUUUACAAUAAAACUUACACUCGCACCGACAAAGGUCGGUUCGUCGUAUCUCUACCGUUUCGCGAUACCCCGCCCACUUUCGAAGACAGCCGGUCAAUCGCAAUCAAUCGGUUCCUUCAUCUGGAGGCCAAACUGUUAAAGCAACCGCAGUUGUAUGCGCAGUAUUCUAAGUUCAUGCAAGAAUAUUUAGAGUUUAAUCAUAUGGAACCUGUUCUUCCUCCGGAUGACACCAUUGCCACUUAUUAUAUCCCACACCAUUGUGUACUUAAGCCAGCCAGUUUAAGCACAAAACUGCGCGUUGUGUUCAACGCGUCCGCACGAUCCUCUAAUCAAACCUCCUUAAAUGAGCAUCUUCUUAUCGGUCCCAAACUUCAAAGGGAUAUUUGCACUAUCUUAUUGAAUUUUCGCCUCCAUACGUACGUCUUGACUGCCGACAUCAAAAUGAUGUACCGCCAAAUCUUAAUCAAUCCGGUUCAGUGCAAUUUUCAGAGGAUUAUCUGGCGUUUUACUCCUGAACAACCUAUUCAGGAUUAUCGUUUAAAAACUUUAACGUAUGGAACCUCGCCCGCUCCCUAUCUGGCCAUUCGUACUCUGUUAAAAUUGAGCGAGCAGGAUGGUUCGUCGUUUCCAUUAGCCGCUGCCGCCCUCCAGACGGACACCUACAUGGACGAUAUUGUUACUGGUAACAAUUCUUAUCAACAGACUUUAAAGUUGAAAGAUGAACUUAUUGCACUCCUUAAGGGUGGAGGAUUUGAACUUCGCAAAUGGGCUACCAAUGAUAGUUCGCUUGUCUCGGACCUUCCUCCGUCUCAUGUUUGUCUUGAUGCCAUUAAUAUACGAGAGGAAGAUCGUAAUGACACUCUUAGAAUCUUGGGAUUGCAGUGGAAUCCCGUAUCCGACGCUUUCAAAUUUACAGUUCAUAUUCUUCCCGGCAACUGCACUAAACGCCAUCUUUUAUCCAGUCUCGCACGCAUUUUUGAUCCUCUUGGCAUAUUGACUCCGCUUACUUUUUUCAUAAAACAUUUAAUUCAACGCAUCUGGACUCUCAAGUUAGCUUGGGACGACGCCCCGCCGAAUGAUAUUUUACGCGCUUGGAAUAUCUUCGCUAGGGAUCUUUCCGUUCUAAACGAUUUUUCGUUACCGCGCCGCCUCCUUUGCGAUAAUUUCCUCUCGUCUGAAAUUCAUGGUUUCGCUGACAGCUCCGAGAAGGGCUAUGCCGCCGUAGUUUAUUUGGUUUUUAGGUUCGCCUCGCUUGAACCACGCACGCAGUUUGUUUGUGCUAAAUCUAAAGUAGCACCGCUCAAGAAGAUUACGAUUCCAAGGCUGGAACUUUCUGCCGCAGUAUUGCUAACACGGCUCCUCAAUCUGGUUUGCCGAGUUUACAAAGACAAAAUUCCUUUUAAUCGCCUAUGUGCUUGGACAGACUCCCAGAUAGUUCUAGCUUGGAUCAAAUCUUCGCCGCAUCGUUGGAAGACAUUUGUCUCCAAUCGCGUAUCAUUUAUUCAAGAGCAUCUGCCCUCCUCGUCGUGGUACUAUGUUCCUUCCGGUCAGAAUCCAGCUGAUCUUGGGUCUAGAGGGGCAUACCCUCAAGAGUUACUGGUUAGUUCCCUAUGGUGGGCGGGACCCCCUUUUUUGAAGUCCGGCACGCCUCUCAAUAAUAAUCUGACGCCUUCUGUCCCUGUCUCCAUUCAGGACGAAGAACGCACGCAAUCGUGUAAUGCGAUAGUGACCACCUCUUUAUUGGACGAUUUAGUCAAUACGCACUCAUCACUGCCGAAGAUUAUUCGCAUUCUUUGUUAUGUACGCCGCUUUAUUCGUGGAAUGACUAGACCUACAAAAAGCACCCCCCCGUAUAUCACUUCAUCGGAAUGGUCCGAAGCCUUGAUGACGGUGGUCCGACAUAUACAAGCUUUCCAUUUCUCUAGGGAAAUUGACUUCCUUAAUCGUGGAAAACCGCUACCGAAGGGUUUUCAAAAUCUCUCCCCCUUCUUAGACGAUCAAAAGAUUCUUCGAGUCGGCGGUAGAUUACGACAGGCUCCGUUACCCUACUCGAAACGCUUUCCCGCUUUGUUACCGUCGGGGCAUCGUUUCACCUCUAUGCUCAUAGAAUACACGCAUCGCAAAUAUUUUCACGCUGGAGAUCAGACGGUUCAUUACCUUAUCGGUAACCAAUUUUGGAUUAUAUCCGCCAAACGCGCGAUAAGACGGGUGCUGUCUAAGUGUCUAAGAUGUUUCCGUACCCAACCGGUAUCCACUCAACCACGCAUGGGGGAUUUGCCUCCUUCUCGGUUUUCUAAAAUUAAACCAUUUUUACGAGUUGGGGUGGACUACGCCGGCCCCUUUUCUAUUACCAUGGCCAAAACGCGCGGUGCUAAAACGCUAAAAGCGUAUUUAUGUCUAUUCAUAUGCUUUGCGACGAAAGCUCUACACUUAGAGCUCGCCUCAGAUUUAACCGCCGACGCCUUCCUAGCGGCGUUACGACGCUUUCUUGCGCGGCGAGGGAGAUGCCAGCAUAUCUAUUCCGAUUGUGGUACUAAUUUUGUUAGUGCCCACAAACAAUUAGAUCAAUAUAUGCGCGAAGCUGUACAGUCAGAACAGAUUCAUUGGCAUUUCAAUCCGCCAUCAGCUCCACACUUUGGUGGUUUGUGGGAGGCCGGCGUCAAAUCGGUAAAGACCCACCUAGUCCGUGUCAUAGGCCACCAAAUCUUAACCUACGAAGAGCUCUUAACUUUAGUCUCUCAGGUCGAAGCAAUGCUGAAUUCCCGUCCGCUUCAUCCUGUAAGCAGCGACCCAAACGACUUGACCGCACUGACUCCCGGCCAUUUUCUUACGUUUGCCCCUUUAAUUGCACUCCCAGAACCGGACCUUGAAGAUGUGCCGGUGAACCGCCUAACUCGCUGGCAGCUAGUUCAAAGCUUUGUCAAAUGUAUUUGGUCGCGAUGGAGUGCCGAAUAUCUCCAUACAUUGCAUCAGCGGUCGAAAUGGUCUGCCGAGAAACCUAAUUCUAUCGAGGUCGGAUCCCUCGUCCUUAUCAAAAACGAGGUGAUACCCCCUCUGCAGUGGCGUCUCGCCCGAGUCCUACUUCUCCAUCCGGGACAAGAUGGCAUAGUUCGGGUUGUCACCUUGAAAACCGCCGGUGGAGUCCUAAAGCGCCCAUACUGCGCCCGCAACCCUCGCUACACUGGUGGCCGAUCUAUUGCGGCCCUUUUUGCUUUUGGUGACCGCUUGAGUAGCAACAAGUCGAGUGGACUGGACGCGCAUUGUGAAGUCGUAGUCGUACCGGCAGCGACAUAA